AUGCUUUCGAGGGAGAAGUUCCGGAUGAGCAUUUUGCAGCUCUCGUUGGAGGUUGUAAGUCAUGCUAAAGGCCUUCCUUUAGCCCUGAAAGUGUGGGGUUCUUUCUUACGUAAUAGGGACAUAAAUGAGUGGAGAAGUGCUAUAGAGGACAUGAGAAUUAACUCUAAAUCAGAAAUCCAUGAAAAGCUCAAAAUUAGCUAUGAUGGACUGGAGACCGCAGAACAAUAUAUAUUUCUAGAUAUAGCAUGCAUCUUACGAGGGGAAGAAAAAGAUUACAUCAUGGAAAUUCUUGAAAGCUGUCAUUUGAGCUGA